GCGCGAGGUUGCUAAGGGUGAAACUUUCAUUUGAAGGCUACAGUACAAGCGACAACAGGAAAGUAAGACACUUAGCCAUUGACGAAAGGCUAAGCUGUAGUUGUGUAUAUUAAAGAAAACAACCUAAUAGCACUUUUUGGAUAAAUAUAUUAUAGCAAUCAUCUUUUAUAUACGCACAUUCCAACCUUCAGCAUUAACCUUGUUCUGAGUGCACUUCUGUAGACUGCCAUCUCGCCUGCUACUGAGGAGUAUGCAUCUGGAGAUCAAGGUUGCCUUGAAUUUUAUUAUCUCAUACUUGUACAAUAAGCUGCCUAGAAGACGAGCAGAUCUGUUUGGCGAAGAAUUAGAGAAGCUGCUAAAACAAAAAUAUGAAGGCCACUGGUAUCCAGACAGACCUCUGAAAGGAUCUGGCUAUAGAUGUAUCCAUAUUGGAGAAAUAGUUGAUCCAAUUGUUGAGGAAGCUGCCAAAAGAAGUGGAUUGGACACUGAUGAUGUAAGAGCCAAUGUUCCACCAGAACUGAGUGUGUGGAUAGAUCCUUUUGAGGUAUCCUACCAGAUAGGAGAGAAGGGGCCUAUUAAAGUUUUGUAUAUGGAUGAUGUUGAAAAUGCAGAACUGGAUAGAGAGAUCAAAAGCAGCUUUAACCCAGAGGCUCGAGUGUUUGUUCCUAUCGGUAGCCAGAAUAACUCCUUGUCAAAUUCUCCAUCUCCAUGCUUUGGUCAGUCACCGAGCCCUACAUUCAUACCCCGAUCUUCUCAGUCUCUUACAUUUACCACUGCCAGCUUUGCUGCCACAAAGUUUGGUUCCACUAAGAUGAAAAAAGGUGGCCAGCGUAUAGUUAAAUCCCCUACCAACAACUUGAUGAAGCACAAAGGGCUUUCCUUGUCUCUGCAUUCACUGAACUUCACAGGAAACCAGAUGCCAGCAUCUCAGCUGUCACCUAAUGCAAAGGAGUUUGUUUACAGUGGCUCUCCAGGAUUGUUCUAUGAAAAUGAGAACCAAAAUUUAUCUGGUCCAGCUCAGCUUAGCAGUACAUUUGAUAUGCCUCAAGUCUUCAGCAGCAGCAGCCUGUUUGUGGAGAAAACACCAUUCAUGGAAGGGUUGAAUUUCAAUUUUAACAGUAUGCAGUAUCCCAGCCAGCCAUUUCCGACUGUUGUACUGGCCAACUGACAGUGUUUGCCAACCAUUUAAGGCCUGCAGCUACUGGAAAAUGAAAACAAGCAGUCUUUCACAUUUCUGUAGAAUGCUGGUGAAGCACUUCCUUUGGAUUGGGUGGGGUGGGGGGAUUGGACUGACAGCUGCCUUUCAUUGCUCUAAGAAGCCAACGUGUGCCCUAAAUCAAAACCUUUUUAUUUGUUUAAUUUUGUCCAUAUAUGGAAGCCCAAAACAUUAAAAAAAUUUGUAUGAGUCUGAUAAGUGUUCCCAUCAAAACUUUGUAGACUUUUAUAACAUGUUAAUAAACAAUCUUGCAUUGUAUCUUUAUUUGGAUUUUUGAAACGGCACCAGUUUAUAUUUGAAGACAUGCAGGCUGGCAGUUGUAUACUGCAAUGAGCUGAUGGAAAGCAGUAGCUCCUUCACUCUGCAUUAAACGUUACAAAUCUUCUGAUUAUCCAAUAGAGUUGCAAGUUUAAUUGUGGACAGCUGAGCGCUGCUGUAUAUAUAUAAAUAUAUGUAAAUAUAUAUAUAUAUAUAUAUAUAUAUAUAUAUAUAUAUAGCAAGUUGACUUUAUUUUGGUUACUAGUUUAGGAAUAUCCUAGGGCACACGUUUGAAUUACAUCACUUUGGGGGCUCCUGGCUGUAUGCCAGCGUUUGACUUGUAUUGAAAACGCGACUCAAAGUGCAGUAGAUGAGGAGGCUUCCUAAAUUACUUGGUAGUGUUGGGUUAUUUCUGGGGCCGUAGAUUUAUUUUUCUGUAUAGAGAUCUUAAAAGGGUCUGUGCAGAAUUGUUACUGUUUAAUUCUGGAGUACUUUUGCAGUACUUGUGUCAAAGUGACUUUCAGAAGGUAUCUAGAUAGUAUUUAGGAUCUGGGGGAGCUCCCCCAUGCUCUCAAGUCUAUGGUAUCUUGUUUUGGGUUUUCUUAUCCUUUCUAUCUGGGGGAGCUGAUCAUUUCAGGCAUUGACUCUUGAAGUGUUCUCCUCCUGGCACUGAGUGCCAGUGCUGAAACUUGUUGCAAGGAGGCUUGGGAAAGCCCUUGCUGAUUCUAAUAGCUUUUAGAGCUGCAGUAUUGCACUUUGUUGGUUCUCCCAGAAGCCACCCCCUUCCAGCUUUUCCUUUCCAAAAUGAAAGUUUGGUUACUUGAAUGUCACAUUGUGCCCUGUUACUUGAAUGUCACAUUGUGCCCUCUUUUUUGUAUGAAAUGUAUACCAGUUUUGUCAUCAUUCAAUUUUUUUAAUUCAAGUUCUCAGGGUUUCUCCCAUUUUUAUUGCAGAAAAAUAUUUAUUUUUGUUUGGUACAGUAUAAAAGCUGCUUUGUUUUAAUAAGAGCAUAGGGGCCUGCACUUUAUUGACCAAAAUUCAAUUUAUCUCAUUGUGUCUGUCUUUGGAGCCUGAGUUAACUAAUGUUUGUAGGGAUGGAUGUAAGCAGUGUUCAAGAAAAACUGCUAUAAAACUUAACAAUGGCUGAAAGGGCAUGAAAUAGCGGCCACCACUACUGUAGUUGCUGGCACAUUUGACUGUUUGCACACAUUCUCUUGCUCCUUGCAAAUUCAUUAAAAUUGUCAAGAAUGCAGGUUAACACAAUUGUUUUAAAACUGUGCUUAAACCCGUGGCCUGCAAGCUGUUUGUCAGAACAGAGAUGUUCUGUUUUCAGCAACUCCUUUUUUGUCUCAGUUUUACGGUUGCAAUUUUUUUUUUUUUUUUUUUUUUUUUUUUACAGAAUAUUGUAAUUUAAAUUUUAUAUUGUGUAUGCAUUGUAUUAACAUUUUAGUAACAUUUUGCCUAAUAAAACUGCAAUUAACAGCAUACAGAGAAGCAUGAUGCACUUGGGAGUGUUUGAUCUGUACACAUCACUGCAAUUCAUUGCAUUCAGGAUGUGCUGCAGUAAAGUGUUUGCCACUUUUGCAACUGCUGCAUUGAGUAGCAGAAAUGAGCCAAAAGUGGACCACUUUACCUGGAAUUUACUAAGGUUUGAACACUGAGUUCCUGAACUCUGAUUUGCUAUGUCCGUGUUCUGUUUUUGUUCCCUUUAAUUUGUGAUUUGCACAGCAAUUGUGCCAUAUGAGAAGCAACGUUUUUUAUUUUGCUCUGAGACGCCUCUUGUUUGGAGGAUUCUCAUAAAAUGUCAAUCUUAACAUACAAGAGUUUAUGAUAAACACUUGGCUGUUAUUUUCUGAACCUUUUGGUCUGUUGAAGAUGCUUAUUAGUGCAACCUGAGUCUCUUGAACAGCUUGUACAAUACUGGUUUGCUUUUCUUAUGCAUGCAACAUGUUCUUAAGUGCCUUCUGUUUCAUAUGUUGAUGUUCCUCUGUCAGCAGAGGAUUUGAAUUACUAGCAUUUAAGAAUGCAAGAAAAAGCUAUACUCUUUGUAGCUGCACAUGGUUUUAUUUAAACUCCAUUAUUUUGUUUAGUGCAUCUGACGUGUAUGAUCCUGAUCAGCCCUGAUAGUGAAAACUUCACUAGUACUGCCAGGUUUUUGAUUAAUACUGGAUACAAAAUUGAAGUACUGCUAUUUUGGAGUGUGUGUGUGUGUGUGUGUGUGUGUGUGUGUGUGUGUGUGUGUGUGUGUGUGUGUGUGUGUGUGUGUGUGUGUGUGUGUGUGUGUGUGUGUGUGUGUGUGUGUGUGUGUGUGUCACUUAAUAUGAUACAGAAGGCAUUACUGAAAAAAACUGAUGUUGGAAACUAACAUCUGCAGUAAUUGUAUGCAGUAUGCAACCGAUUUUAUUUUGCACAUUCUGUAUCCACUGUAUAUGUCAGCUGAUCUUGGCAGAAACCAAACACUUGAUAUUAAUACAAACCAUGUAUAUUUUUGAAGAAGAAUGUCUAACAAUACAAGCCAGUAAAUACAGUCCAGUUAUUGAAUGGUAACAGUUUUAACAACCAAAAUGACUUGCAGGGUGACUAUAAAUAUUUCUUUGUGCACUGUCUUACUAAGCUACUAAACUUUUCUUACAUUUAAGUGCCACGCAGGUGCAUUUGAUCUAGUUGGCUAUAUUUUCACUGUUAAAUGAAAAAAAACAUCUGAAAAUAGCAUACUUCAUUCACACAGCAUGGCUCAAGAAGGUUUGAGGUGAAGGUGUGUGUGUGUGUGUGUGUGUGUGUGUGUGUGUGUGUGUGUGUGUGUGUGUGUGUGUGUGUGUGUGUGUGUGUGUGUGUAAACUGGUAGAAGGUGAAUGUUGUGGAGAAAUGAGAACAGUGUCAACUAUUUCAGGUAUUUUGGAAGCAAGCAGAAAUGCAACAUGGCCAAGACUUCCCUUGUUUGUCUGAUCCCAUUAAUCUUUAUCAGAAAUUUGAAAAGAGAAAAAAAUGUGAGUCUGUAGCUGUUAAUGAUCCCCCAAAAAUUGGGGAAUGUGAUUUGGCAAGUAGUUUACAGAUUGUGUAUGCAUUUUAUACAAAUGCAUAUUGUUGCCCAUCAGAAACAUUGCUGUGCAUUAGUAGCACCCCAGUUAACCAAUAGUAGAAGAGUAUAGUAUUUAACAGUGAAAACAUUGCUUCUGCAAAUUUGGUAGUAAAAACCAAAAAAUGCAGUGUGUGCUUAUGAACGGGAUUGUACUGUUUGCAUUAGGGAAGAAUUCAGUUGCAGACAUUUUCUGUUGGAGUUGAUUCAGAAGUACUAGAAUGUGGGAGACCAAAAUCAUGAAGUGUUUGGGGCAGGAGUUUCAGUAAAACUGUCCUGAAACUUCAUAGUUUGAAAAUGCUAUAAGUAGGUGACAAGUCUGUUGUAAUUUAAUGGCAGUCAUUAAAAGUGCAUUGUAAGUAUGGGAUUGAAAUGAAGCACUGUUACAUGGUGGUUGAUAAUGUGGUUAAAAAAUUGUGAUCACAUUUACUUUUGAACUUUUAAAAGCAUUUAGUAAUAGUUGGUUGAGUUGUAAAGUUUGGAAUCAUGCCAACUUAUUCUAGGCAUGUUUUUACCUUAUGCUUGCACUUUGUGAUCACCUUGAUUUCACUUGCUAGUAAAACAUCCUAUUUGUGUUUUUUAGUGAAGUUUCCUGUCUGAACUGUAGCUCAAACACACUGUUUUCAAGUGAUAGGGGUGAUGGCACUGACUUUGCCAAUUGGUAACUUGAACUUGCACGUGUAAGCAAAUGUGAAUCGUGGCAGUGCAGUAACUGGGUUUCAGCAAGGAGGUUAGAUGGUAUGUGGAACAGAUGGUGAAAAUGAGCAGCUUCCAUUUUUUUAUGUAAAACAUUUGAGUUCUGGGUGAGAUGUUAAGGUAGAUGUCUGCUUUGCCUGAAACCUGGGAGGUCUAUUUAUAAGCUUGCUGCAAUGGCAUUGGAUAAUAGAAAAUGCCCUCAACAUUUUGUAGUGGGGGGAAAGUAAACUUAACUGUUUUAAUCUAAAUUGCCAGUAUUUGAGUUUAUUCUCUAGCGGGGAAAUGGCAUAAAAUGCUUAGCUGCAGGUACAUCUUGCUGGGAAAAGUAGAUCACUAAUAUUUGUUUGGUGCUUGUCUUCUGUUGUAUGUAAUGACAACCUAAAAGGUUCCCAGUAACUGUAAUCCUUAUUUAACCAUAAGCACUUGCAAAACAAAGUAGGAGGUGGCAGCGUAGGGUAUUGCUUCACCGAGUGUUCUGUAGAAUGUGUUGUAUUAAGUGCGUUUCUUUUCAUAGACAUUUGACACUGCUUGAUAAUUCUUUUGUUUUUUUAAAUUGGCACUAACCUACCUGGUUAAGUUUUAGUUUGGGGGUUUUUCUGUUUGUGUAGAUAAUUUGCUACAUUUGUAAAAUGUAAGAGGUAUAUAAAUAUAUAUGUAUAUAUAUAUUUCUAACAUACAUUAUUGUAAUUUCUUUUCAGAAUUUUCGUAAGAGUUAUUUUUUCAAAAAAAUCAAAAACCCCCUAGAGUUAUUGACCAGUGUAUAAUCUUGUACAGAGAAUGUUUAAAACUUGAUGAAAAAGGAAUUGUAAAUGUUACUGAAAGAGAGGUAUAUUUUUGAUUGAUCUGGAUCUCUUAUUUACUGAAGGAGGAUCUCCAGAGUUUUUGUAUUGGAACGUUGUGCAAUAUUUUGAUGGCAAGUUGUGCUUGGUUUGAAGAUUGAUCAAAACUGUACAGUUUCUACUGUUCCAAAUUUUUUUAAGUUUGUAUUAAAAGCAUGAUACAAUA